AUGCAGAGAGCAAAAGUGGAUUCAAGAUGCUCUUUAGGUGAGCAAAGGCUGACUCACCUGCUAAGAAUCGAAGAAGAAGGGCCAGAACUUGGUACCUUUGAUGUUACCCCAGUAGUUGAACUAUGGCUUAACAGCAAGGUUAGGAGACCUAACCAGAACAAAAGGAAGAAGUACAAGCAAAGAAAACAGAAAUCAAAGAAAUAUUAUGAUAAUGAUAAUUACACCAAUCUCUUUUCUUUAAUUGACAAUACUGAUAGUAGUAGCACAGAAGAAUCAGAUGAUGUGAUUGAUGUCUCUGUUGAAGACAUGGACUGA